AGUCGCCGCCCGUGCUUCUUUUCCGGAAACAUCAACAACAACACCGCUCCGAAAAACACACCUGCAGCAGCAGCGCAGCCAAUCCAGCCUCAGUCUGCAACUGCCAGCAUCACCAGAAAUCAACCCUGAAACCCAUCUUUGGUCCUGCUGCAGCAGCUGCCUUCAACCCUCCAUGGUCACGUCCGACAACUGACCAAGCAGCAAGGAUGGCAGCUGCCGAAGUAGCUGUCGACUUUGGCUACCUGUCAACCCAUCUCGGCGUGGCUGAAAACACCCUCGAGACAGCAGCCUCCCAGCCAACUGCCGACCUUGUCAGGGCCGUCUUGCAGGCAGUGGCCGCAAAGGCACACGAGUUCGACAACCUCUACGCAGAGAAGCUGCAGGUCGACAUCGAGCUCGAGAAUGCCGUUCGCAGCGCUGAGUCACGCUGCCAGACCUUCAAGGCCACCGCCGACAAGGCUUUGAAGGAUGCAGAGGAGAUAAGAACCAAACUACAGCAAGAAGAGUCCACCCGCCAAGGGCUGGAAUCCGAGCUCCAGCAGCUACAGUCCUCGAGUGGCGGGAGUCUUUCCGAGAUCGAGAACCUGAACGCGCGCAUCAAGUCGCUCGAACAGUCGAACCGGGAUACCGUCGCAGCCGUCGACGCAAAGAACGCCGCCAACUCGGAGCUGCUGGCCGACCUGCAGAAGCUCCAGCAGAGGAACCACGAACUCAGCAAGCAGGUCGCCGAGCUCCAACAGUCCGUGCAGGCCGAGAAGGCUGCCGCGAACAGCGCGAAAUGGCGCGAGCAGAACUUGGAGCAGGAGAUUGCGCUCCUCAAGAGGAACAACGAAUCGUUCGAGCAAGAGCUCAAGACCAAGCGGGAGGAGGCCCUCAAGUAUCGCAAGGAGAAGGGCGCGCGCAUCGCGGAACUGGAGCGACUUACCGACGAGCAGCGAUCCACCAUCGACUCCUUGACCCGCGGCGAGCAACAACUCCGAUCUCGCCUGGACGACGCACAAAGAAAGGCCGAUGACGCUCUCACCAAGAUCCAGCAGCUGAAAGAGGCUGCCGCGCGAACCGAAGAGAGCUUCAACCAGGAGCUCGAGGCGUCGAGACGCCUUGCCGACCUACAAGUCCAGCAGGCCGAGACCAGCAGGGAGAGGCUGAGGGAGGUUGAGAACAGGCUUGAAAAGGUUCAGGAUGAUUUCGCGGUCCAGAAGAUGCGCGUCGAGAAGCAGCUCGAGGAGGAGAAGGCAGAGCAUCAAAAGGCUUUCGAACGUGCGCAAGAGCUGGAGCAAGAAAUAAGCCGACUGCAGGCCGCGGCUCCCCCCCAGCUACCAUUCGGGCCUGGAGACCGUCCCUCGACUCCUAUCGCAAACGGCCACCUCAGGGCUGGCUCGCCAUUUGGCACGCCUGGCUCCAUCAGGAGCAAGAACAUGACGCAGACCAUCGAUGAGCUGUGGAAGGUCAAAUCGGAGCUCAUCAACGUGAAGAAGCGGAACCAGCAGCUGGUCCAGGAGCUGGACGAGACAAUGUCUGUUCUUGAGGCCAAGGCGCCAGAGUUCAACGGGCUCGAGGCAGAAAUCGAGAAGCUGCGCAGCGAAAACAUCCAGAUGACACAGUUGGCAGACGAGAGUUUCCAGGAACGCGAUAUCGCGAAGAAGGCGGCUCGGAAGGCCGAGGCCGCCCUGGGCACAGCUCAAUCGGAAGCAAACAUCCUUCGGGCCCAGUUGCGAGACCUCGGCAUCCAGAUCCAAUUGCUGGUCUUCAACCUACACGCACAAGAGAAGGGCCUUGACCAGCUCACACAAGAAGAGGUCGUCAAAUUUGACCAACUGCAAAGAGGCGAGGUUGCUCCAGGUGCACUUGACGACCUGUCAGACACUCAUCGCUUCAUCACGGAGAAGUUUGUCGCGUUCAAGGACAUCCACGAACUGCAAGCCAAGAACGAGGAGCUGCUCAGGAUCACGCGAGAGCUCGCAGACAAGAUGGAGAACGAUGAAGCACAGGCUGCCAAACAGCAAGCUAUCAACAACGAGAACGAGCUUAUCUCCUUGCGUGAGCUGUGCGCUCGUUUGCAGGAUGAGAUCAAAUCCAUGACCGUCCGGAUGGAGUCACACAGGGCAGAACGGGACAUGUUCCGACGUAUGGCACAAGGACAGAGGGCUAUGGUCAGUGAUGCCAACGACGCCGAAGGCAGCCAGCGUGAAGUGCUCGGCAGCAUUGAACAGGACUCCAACGUGGACGAGGUUGAAGCCAUGUCAGCCAUCCGCGAGAUGCAAGCAAGGCUUGACACACAACAGAACGAAUUCAGCACCGACCGCAAAGCCAUGCGCGAGCAAGUCGACAGGCUUUCGGCUGAGAAGUCCACUCUGCAGAGUGAGGUUGUGCGCAUUCGCAGUCAGCUCGAGCUGGCGUCUGAACGUUAUGCCAUGCUUCAGGGCAACUGUGAAGCGCUGCAAAACGAGAAAUCCGAGCUGCAGAGGCGAAGCCAGAGCCUCUCGGAAGCCGCAGCAAAGCACGAUCUGCGCAGCCAGCAACUGGCUUCAGAUCUCGUCGAAACAAGGGCGUUACUGGACAGUGUUCAGAGCAAAGCCGCGAACCUAGAAGCAGAGAAGGCCCUUUUCACCAGCAUCCGUGACCGUCUGCUCAAGGACAACGAAGAGCUUUCGAAGGACAAGGCUACCCUCAGUAACCUCCUGACUCAAAACCAAACGCUACUGAACGAAAAGGACACCUCCGACAAGGAGACACGGCGAAGUCUCAACGAGCAGAUCCAAUCGUUGAAGACGGAGUUGGCCACGAAACAGCGCAACCUCGACAAUGAAAUCGAGGAGAGCAGGAGGCUCCAGCAGCGUAAGGAUUUCGAGACCCAGCAGCAUCAACAGCGGGUCGAUGAGCUCCUGAGCAGCCUCAACUCGGCCAAGGAGAGUCUCGUUGCUACUAAGACCAGCAGGGACCACCUGCAAGCUCGUGUUGACGAGCUCACCAUUGAGCUCCGUAAUGCCCAGGAGAAGGCCGAACGCUUGCAGCCCCGACCAACCCCCCGACCCGGCACAGCCAAUGAUCCUCGAUCGGCGGAUGCAGAGACCGAGGCUCAAAUCGAUGAGCUGGUCAACGAGAUCUCCGACCUCAAGAGGGACCUGGACCUGGCCACAACACACCUGGAAUCUGCCAGAUCACAGACUGAGCAGUACAAGGAGAUUGCUCAGGCUGCGGAAGAGGAUCUCGCUCAGAACAACGCCGUCCAAGAGCAGUUCCGCGCGCAGAUGGAGGCGGAACUUGGGGCCAAGGAUGCGCAGAUCAAGGAGCUUCAACAACGCGUCGAAAACAUCUCCGUGGAGCUCAGCAACUCUAACAACGAGCUGUCGUCCAUCCGAGACUCCCAGACAGAGGCCAGCCGCAAGGCCGAGGAAGAGAAGCGCAUCUUGGAGGAAGAAAUCUCACGGCUUAAGGACGAAGCCGAGCGACUCAAGGAGCGGGCCAAGUACCACCAGCAAGAUCUCCGCACUCAGGCGGACAUUGCAAAGAAGGCCCAACAAGACUAUGAGACGGAAUUGGUGAAGCAUGCGGAAGCUGCGAAGGCAUUGCAAGCCCUCCGAUCUCAGCACAACCAGUUGAAGACCAACACUGCAUCGCUAAAGGCCGAGGCUGAAUCUGCUAAACACACGCUUGACGACAAUAAGAGAUCUUUCGCCGAGCGGGAGCAGCAACUACGACAAGAGAUUUCUGAUCUGAAGGAGAGGCGACAGGAGACCGACCAACAGAACAAGCUUCUGCAGGAACAGCUGCACAGCUUCACGUCUCAGAUCGCCGCUAUCAAGGAGAACCGCACUGCCUUUGUUGAGGCCACAGAUGAUACUACCAACUCUGCCCCUGGCUCAGACGUCGAGCGCCUGACGGAACUCAACAGAUACUUGCACCGUGAGAAGGAGAUCCUCGAGGUUCAGUACAACCUCAAGAACCGGGAGGCCGAGCGCCUGCAACAGCAGGUCGACGCCAAGCAAGCACAGCUCGAAGAGUACCAGCUGAAGCUGGAGCAGGAGCGCGUGGCUAGGAACGAUACCAGCACGAGCAAGUCGCACGAAGAGUUGAUGAACAAGCUGAAUGAGCUCAACCUUAUAAGAGAGAGCAACAGCACCCUACGAAGCGAGAACAAGCGGAUCGAACGCCAACUCGAGCAAAAGAACGCCAAGAUCAAAGACCUGGAGGCAACGAUAGAACCUCUAAAGGCCAGCAUAUCUGAGCUCGAGGGCAACAAGGAGUUCAUGCAGGAAGAGUUGAAGCAGCUCGCUGACGACCGAGACCACUGGCAGAAGCGUGUGGAGAGCAUUGUCACCAAACAUGGACGCGUGGACCCUGCCGAGUUGGAGCAGAUGAAGGAGAAGGUGGCCGAGCUGGAGACCGAACGCGAUGCGCUGAAGCAGGCCGAAGAGCCCCUAAAGACCAGGAUCACCGAGCUCGAGACGACUUUGGAGACAGAAAAGAGCAACUGGUCAGCAGCGCGUGGAAAGAUCAUCGAGCAGGCCAAGAACAAGAACAGGGAGAACAGCACCAAGAUUGCCGAGUUGAACGCAGAGAAAGCACAGUUGCAGACACAACUGGACGAGGCCAACCAACGUCUGACCUCGCUCCAGUCGCAACUCGACUCGGCUGUUCAGGAAAAGAAUGCCCUCGGUCAAGAGAAAUCCGUCUUGGAGCAGAGGCUCAGCGAAGCUCAACAGCAACUCGAGUCUGCCAGCACCACAAGAGAACCUCCUCCCGAGGUCCCGUCCGAGACAGUCUCUUCAGAACAGCUCACCCAGGUGCAGCAGCAACUUGAGAGCGCACAGCAACAACUGGUUGCUGCUAAUGGAGCCAAGACCGCUGCCGACCAGGAGGUCGAGAGGCUACGCUCAGAACUGGCCACGACUAUGCAAGACCGUGACGCAGCUCGCGCGCAAGUCGGAUCUCAAGCGCCUGCCGAAGCAGCGGCGCCGUCAGCCCCAGCCCCAGCCCCAGCCCCAGAGACAGCUCCACAAGCAGAGACCGAGGCCAUGCAGACUGGUGGUGAUGCUGAUGCUCAACCCGCCCCAGCGGCAACAUCUGACGCAGAGCGUGCAGAGCUAGAACAGAAGCUGGCAAGAGCUGAGCAAAGGGUUACCGAGUUAGAGGCCGAGGUAGCCGAGCUCAAAUCAAAGGUGUCUGAGUACGAAACGAACCAGAAGGCGAUCGUGGACGCGAGGUCUCAAAAGAUGAGGGAAGCGCUCAACAAGAAGUUGGCUGAAGACAAGGCCAAGAACCAGGCUGAGCUCAUCAAGGAAAAGGAGAAGCUGCAUGGCGAGUAUGAACUGAGACUCCAACAGGAGCGGGCCAUAUGGGAGGCGGAAAACAAGGUUGCUAGUAAUCCGGCCGGACCGCCCGACUCCGUUGCAGCAACACCGACGAAGCAAACGAACCAGCAGCCGCCGCAGACGCCAAGCACGGAGCUCUCGGCAUUCCUCGUGGCGGACUUCUCGAAACUUAGUGAUGCCGAUACUCGUAGGGUCGUUAGCGAGAACUCUACGAUCAAGAGCAUCAUCUCCAGUAAUCUCAAGAAGAAGGUCGAGGCGGAGACCAAGAAGGUCAGGGACGAGGCGGAGCAGGCCCUGAAGGCUGAACACGAGGCCAAGAUCGCGUCUGCUAGGGAGCAGGCGGGGCUCAUGGCAUCGAAGAAGUCGACGCUCAGGAUCAACAUGGCCGAGAACAAGUUCCGGGGAGCGCAAGCCAAACUCAACGUUGUUGAGACCGCUGCCAAGGAGACUCCCCAACGUGGUGUUGGUGAGGUGUGGGAGGAGGCCAAGGUCGCGAAGCCUCUACCGGCACCGGCACCAGCACCAGCCCCAGCACCAGCCCCAGCACCAGAGGCCACCGUCAAGCCUGCUUCUUCGCCCGCGCCGUCAGACAAAGCAGCCGGCACCGGCGCGCAACCCACAACCGCAGCGUCCGACAAGCAACCUCCCGCGCCUGCCAACGGCGCCAUUCCGCAAAAGCCAGUCCCAGUAGCCGUGGCUAUCCAGCCGGGCGUGGCGCAGCCAAACCCUUUCGCAUCCGGAAUCCCAGCGAAGCCGACGCCAGCCGCGGCGAACCCCUUCGCAGCGGCCCAGCAGUCGUCGCUGCCCGCCAACCCGAACCAGGCCGCGGCCCAGCAGGCAGCUCCUCAGGGCCAGCAGAACCAGAACCAGCCCCAACAGCAACAGGGCCAGCAACCAGUCAGGACCGGCAUCCCCGUGCCAGCCCGCGGCGGGGCGCCCCGAGGAGGCGGCCGUGGCGGCACAUACCAGGCACGCGGCGGCGGGCGCGGGGGCUUCCAGAACCGCGGCGGGCAGGGCGGCGGGGCGGCCAACCUCAACCCCGGGGCGCAGAACUUCCAGCCGGGCAACAAGCGGCCGCACGACGCCGAGGCCGGCGGCGCGGCGGCCGGCGGGCAGCAGAAUAAGAGGCCACGGGGCGGUGGAGGCGGCGGCGGCGGCGGCGCGCAGCGCGGCGGCGGCGGUGGUGGUGGUGGUGCUCCCUAG